AUGACCACUGGUCUGGGUCUGGGUCUGGGCGCUAUCAAAAGUAACUCCCAGAUUUCUGACAUUGGAGUGGCUCACAAAGAAGAUCCCCAGGCUGGCUUCAGUACUGAAACACUGCUGAUUUGUACCCUUGACCUGAUUGAGGCCGGAACAGAAUCAGCUGCCAACACGUUACGCUGGGCCCUUGUUUACAUGAUGAACUACCCAGAGAUACAGGAGAAGGUCCAGGCAGAGAUAGACAGAGUAAUCGGACAGUCUCGUCAGCCCACCAUCGCUGAUAGACCCAACCUACCCUACACUGACGCUGUCAUCCAUGAGAGCCAACGAAUGGGAAACAUUGUUCCCAUGGGAUUUCCUAAAAUGGCCAGUAAAGACACAAUGCUGGGAGGAUAUUUCAUCCCCAAGGGCACAUCUAUCACUACAAUUAUUGCAUCUGUGCUGUUUGAUAAAAACGAGUGGGAGACUCCAGAUGUCUUUAACCCUGAGCAUUUUCUGGAUUUGGAUGGAAAGUUUCUCAAGAAAGAUGCCUUCUUACCAUUUUCAGCAGGUAAACGUGUGUGUUUAGGGGAGAACCUGGCUAAAAUGGAGCUGUUCCUUUUCUUUACAACUCUUCUUCAACGCUUCAACAUCAUUCCUGUUCCAGGAGAAAUGCCCAGCUUGGAUGGUGUGAUGGGCUUUACUUAUUCCCCCGAGGAGUUCAGGAUGCUGGCUGUGCCUCGUUGAUGUUUUUGCAACCACACAACAAGCAACAGUUUUUAAUUUUCAAUCUUUUAAGUC